AGUAAACCUAGAAUUGUAGAUACAAACAAAUCCAACAUUAUCCUCCUGUGGUCUAUCCAUCCAAGUGGCCAUCAAAAUUGCAUCAGAAAAAGAUGUGACACAAAAAGCAAUCUCCAUCCUGUUUCCAGCAACAACAGGAGGUUCUCCUUUUAACAAGAUAUACCAUGAAACUAUGGAGAAUAUUAAGUUAUCAUCAGAGCCUGAAGAUGAGCACCAACUUGAAAUCCUCAAGGCAGUAGCACAAGCAUGGCAUGGUCAUUCAGGCAGUUCUAGACCUGCCAAUGAAUAUGACGCUUAUCGUCGAAAUUUCCAAACCAAGCCAUCUAGAUUCAAGAUUGAAGCAAUGAACAAGUCAUUGAGUUUAACUAAAAGGGUUGCUUGCAGCGAUAGUGGAAAAUGGGAUUUCAAGCAAUCGUUACUUGAUUCUUAUGAGAUUGUUUCUAUGGCUAAAAGGCUGGAGAGAGGGAUGGUGUUAGACGAUGAUCCUUUUUCAGGGUUAGAUAAUCAAAGCCGUGUUCGUAGAAGGCCAAGAGAAAGUAAGAAUAGUCUCAGAAAUUUGUUUAAUCGUUUGUCUUCGAGGAGAUUCAAUGACACUGAUUUCCCUCCUGAAGAUGACAAUCAAUUUUGAUACUUUUUCUUUUAUGUUAGUUCUAAUUUUGACUUUUCUCUUGUUCUCGUGAUGAGGUAUCUUCAGGUUUUCCAAUGAAGAAACAUUCCUUUCGUUUUUCUUUACUCUAACUGAAGGUUCUUCAUUGGAAAACCUGAAACAUAGUCUUAAAAUGCAUAUCUGUAGCUCUCUUUUUAAACUUUCAACAUUUCUUUCCAGACAACUUUUGUCAUGGUCUAGUUCUAUUC